CGUUCGGCGGACAUGGCGGAGCUGGAGCUGGGGAAGCACUGCGGGGUGCCCGAGUGCCGCCAGCUCGAUUUUCUUCCCUUUGUAUGUGAUGGCUGUUCAGGUAUCUUUUGCCUUCAGCACAGGAGCCGGGAUGCUCAUGGGUGUUCUGAGGUGAAUAUAAGAAACAGUUCUGUGAAACCUGAUCAGCACAAAUCUUACCCAUGCUCAUACAAGGACUGCAAUGGAAAGGAGCUUUUACCAGUGUUAUGUCCUUACUGUGAAAAACAUUUUUGUCUCAGACAUCGUCAUCAAUCAGAUCAUGAAUGUGAGAAGCUGGACACACCAAAACCUCGAAUGGCUGCCACCCAGCAGCUUGUUCAACAUAUUAUAGAUUCUAAAAAAAGUGACGAAGUGAAAAGCAAAAAACGGAAAGGAGCAAAAAACAGUGAGACAGCAGCAAAAGUGGCAUUAAUGAAACUGAAAAUGCAUGCAUGUGGGGACAAGUCCUUGCCUCAGACAGAAAGAAUUUACUUUCAAGUAUUUUUACCAAAAGGGAGCAAAGAGAAAAGCAAACCUAUGUUCUUUUGCAGUAAAUGGAGUAUUGGCAAAGUAGUAGAUUUUGCAGCUUCCUUAGCAAGCCUUAAAAAUGACAACAACAAAUCAACAUCCCAGAAACUUAGAUUAUGCCAUACUGCCUCUGGAGAAGCCUUGCCAUUUGAGCACACGCUGGAAACAUGGCUAUCUGAUAAAGACUAUCCACUGUACAAUGGAGGGAAUAUAAUUCUGGAGUAUCUUGAUAAUGAUGUUCUAUUUAUAGAAGAUACAGAAUCCUACUUUAGUUAGUCAAUAAAUUUUCACAAACAAAAAAAAUCUAAUAUUUUUUAGAAGCACGGAAUUAAAGCAAGUUCAGUUUUCUUUUAAAAUCACUGGUAUGCCAGAAUCUGUCUUCCAUUGUAAAGAUACAAUUCACAUCAAUUUCUCAGUUGCCUGACUGCAGAAGAACUGUGUCCUGCAAGGAAAAUUAUAACUAAUAUUACAGAUAUUCACAUUCUAGAAUAAAUUCUUGCUCUAUUGAGCUGUAUAAGAUCAAGAACGUUUUCUUAAAUUUGGUAUUUAUUUUUGUGGAAGUGAUGGGGACAGUAUGUCUUAAUAAAUAAUGAAAAUGUAAACUUGCAGUAUGACAGCUUUCUGAAGGAAUGAAAGAUAUUAUGCUAUUGCAGUAUCUUCUCUGCAUCUACACAGACAGAUUUGAUUGCAUUUGGAAACCAGCACUGUCUAUACACCAGGUCCACAUUUUCUUCUUGUAAUAGUUUAAUGACAUUGAGAAGGAAAGCUUUAUGAAGCAGAAGUAAAUUCACUCAGGUGUCAUCCUGAUUGUAAAUCUCAUUGUGUGAUUAGGUGGGAGAUAAAAGAUCUUGGUAAACCUGCCACUUAUUUUGCUUUACAGUACUCUUUACUGUAGUUACUACUAUUCAUAACUGUUGUAACAUGACUUAGAGAUGAAUAAAUUACUGGAUGUGGUAUGGAUGGCACACAAAGGGAGGUGGUUUUGGUUUCUACGAAGGAAAGGGUUUUCAGUGGAUGGAUAUUUUGGAAAUCUUUGUCUCCUGACAGCUGAAAGUACAGCAGCAUUUUCCUGCUUUCUCCUGCCUAUCUCUCCAGUUGUAGUCUUGCUUUCCAGUACAAGAGGAACAGUUCCUUUUUCCCUUGUUACUUGUUUUUCUCCCUUUCAUCUGCGAUUGUCUGUUCAUCUUUCUAUCUUAGGCUGCUGUGGUACAGAAUAUGCAGUAAGAGGCCAGCCAGCACUGUGGAACCAGUGAGUUGGGAAGAGCCCUAAACAGAAUUUGUUCCCUGCACUGUUGCUACAAAAGCAAUUGAAAAAUGCUGCUGUGCAACAGGGUCAUUUAUCUUCUUUUUAGCAGAAAAUCUUCAUUCUGUACUUAUACCCUUCCUCCUGCCCUUGAUUUUUCUGCC